GGCAAACCAAAACCUGAAAAUGACGAAGACACUUAUGGAGCUCUUUUAGACGAAGAUCUGCAGAACGACGGCGAUGAUGACGAAUAUGGCGUAGAUGACCCAGACGACGGUCCAGAUGACAUUAGCGAACCUGUUAGUGAGGAAGAACAUGCUGAGUUCAGGACGCAACCUCAGGUGUUUGUGGCAAAAGUUGGAGAAAUUGUCAGGCUACCGUGCCAGGUGUCAAACCACGAUGUUAUCAACAUUUGGCAGAGGGAUGAUGUUUUGCUCUACCAAGGCCACGUGGCUGUCGAUACAGAGAAGUAUUCAAACAUACGCGAAUUUCCAGAUAACGCACUAGAAGUCAGGAUUAACAAUGAGAAAGAUUAUGGUAAUUACUCUUGCAUCUUAAUAACUACGAACGUCAUCAAGAACAGACCCAGACUAGUCCACAGAGUGGUCGGUCCAAGUCCACCAAAAAUCAUUGACAUCCGAACGGACAAAAAUGAGUACAAGAUUGGAGAAACAAUCAAGCUGACAUGUAUAGCUAUAGGAUAUCCCAAACCACUCAUAUCAUGGCACAAAGGAAAUGAAAGACUGGAACUUCAUGGUGAAACUAUUCAAAUUCCAAACGUAACUCCCGAAAAUGGAGGCAUAUACAGGUGUUUGGCCGACAAUGGUUUAAAGGAGCCCAGUCACAAACACGUCGCCAUAAACAUCGAACAUGCACCAAAGAUCUCAAUUUCCAAGUACCUAGUAACAUCAAACAAAGAAAGAGAUGCCGAAUUAGUGUGCACUGUGGAUGCUUACCCAGAGGCAAACGUUUUGUGGAAAAAGGGUGAAGAAAUCAUGAAAAAUGACGCGACUAGGAAAGUUAUGACUAAGAGAAGACAACACAGCGUUGAAAGCAUUUUUGUCAUUUCCAAUCUGACUGAUCAGGACUUCGGUACCUAUACUUGUGUAGGCAAGAAUAGAAAUGGUAAGAAGGAAGAGAAAGUAAGCUUAGUGAAAACUCCUGCAGUUCGGGACUUCAUCAAACCUGAAAAGGGAAACAAGGACGUACUUUUGACGUGGAAAGUUGAAUCGAAGUCGCCUAUAUCGGCUCACGAAAUUCAGUACAGGAAAAAGGGAGACAGCGACUGGAAAAUUGCCGUUCCUGAAGUAACCAAUGGCCAAAACGACAUGUACGUCAUCAAGUACACAUUACGAGACCUUGAAGCGGGUGCAUACGAAACGAGAGCGCGCUCACAGAACGAGCACGGUUGGUCGGAGUAUUCAGACAUCAUGCCUUUCGAGGUGUUUUAGCUAAACAUGGCUCUACAACUCACAAAAAUCACCACAAAAAACACCACAAAGAAAAAGAAUCGAAAGAAAAACACAUUUCCGCACAAGAAGAUACAUCUGCACCCCAACAACAAGAAAUUAGUCAGAAAGAAGCACCAGUAGGAGAAUCAACACACCAAGCUGGUUCUUCGAUAAAAGCUUCGACAGCCAUCUUAAGUAUAGCGCUGAUUUUUACCUUCUACAUUAGGCACUGA